AUGAAAGCUAGUGUGAUCGCACUUCCUAUGGCCUUUAUCGGCACUGCCUUUUCUCAGGAGAUUUUCAGAUGCAUGUGUGUCGAUAACACUAGUGACCCAGGCAGAACCGGUCUCUCAGGCAUCGACAGCUUGUGCACAUCCAAGGGCGGUGAAGUCGAGCGACCAGAUCUCUGCAUCAAGUCGACAUCACGAUUCACAGAUGCGGAAUGUGCCAAAGUAAAGCAAGGUGCCAGAGGGAUCUGCAUUGUUGAUGAAAUUUCCAACGGCGGAGGAUCGACGGCUGUUGUUACAGCUACUGCAGCGCCAUAG